CUCACACACACACACACACACUCACUCCGUCCGCACUUUGUUUCCAUUCCGCUCCGCUCGCCGCCGCUAAAGACGCGCCUGAAAACACGCACCAGUCUCGGUCUACCUGUGCGCACUGCGGCCAGCCCACACGGGGAGGGGUUUGACUCUUCCUGUCAGUGUCAGAUCCACGGGACGAGAGGAGCAACUAAAACGCGUCCAGGCUGUGGAGAGAGAGGGACGAACGCACAGAGACUGAGACAAACUUGUCUGUUUUCCACCCAGUUGAGCUCAAAGUUUCUUCGCUGAUCCGAGAAGGAAUAAUUUGGAGCCCGGUUGCCCCACGCAGCGCUCUUGUGGAUAUUUUACGUCCACCUUGUCUCCUGUUUACAAGAAUGGCGAGAGAUUACGCAGCGCGCUGGCCAGUGUCUCCGAUGAGGAGCACUUGGCUGGUGACAGUAGCGGUCCUCCUCACAGCCCAAGGUAUCGGGGCUCAAAAAGUGCGAGUGGAGGAGGAGCUGGAGGCGUAUCCCACGGAGUCGGUGGAGCUGACCUGCCAAUUCAUCGACGGAGGAGGCAAAACCAAGCUCACACAGGUGUCUUGGAUAUGGGAGCCCUCCGACGGACAGAGGGAUAACAUCGCCGUUUUCCAUCCGAUCUACGGUCAGAGUUUCCCCAACCCGGCUUUCAGGGACCGGGUUGUUUUCCUGAAGAACACUCUGGAGAGCCCGUCCAUCAGGAUAUCCAACCUGAGGAUGUCCGACGCCGGCCGCUACACCUGCGAGUACGCCACCUACCCUUCAGGGAACGAGCAGGGGACCACCACCCUCACCAUGUUGGCUAAGCCCAAAAACUCAGCCAGAGUCCUGACGGUCCAGGCUGGCACCAAGUCUGUGGUGGUAGCCCAGUGCGAGGCCGUGGACGGGAAACCGGCUGCCAGCAUCAAGUGGUUGGCGUCGGUGGGAGGGAACCACUCCACCACCGCCACCAACGGCCAGGACGGUUUGGUGACCGUCCGCAGCGAGUACCGACUCGUCCCCACGCCGGCGGAUAACGGCCGCGAAGUCACCUGCAUGGUGGACCAGAGGACCCAGGACCAGACCUGGGUCUACCCUGUCAAGCUCUCAGUCGAAUACCCUCCGUCCGUUUCCAUAGAAGGCUACGAUAAUAACUGGUACAUGGGUCGAUCGGACGCUGUGCUCUUCUGUCUGGCCAACGCCAACCCCCAGCCCACCACCAUCACCUGGACCGCGAUGCCCGGUCCUUUACCGGAGACGGUGGUGGUGGAGGGCAACAAGCUGAAAGUAAGGAAAGUGGACGAAGCAGUCAACACCACCUUUGUCUGCGAGGUCAAGAACAAGCUCGGGGUCAGCAAACACCAGAUCACCACCGUCGUCAUCGAAGCCCUCGAGGAUCCGUCCAGCGCCGGCGUGGUGGCAGGAGCAGUGAUUGGCUCGCUUCUGGCCCUGCUAUUGGUCGUUGCGCUCGUUGCCGUCCUCCUGACUCGCGGCCGGCGCCAACAGAGACGUGGUUACCCCAGCAGCGGCGACUCCAUAGCGACAGGUAGCGGAGGCAGCAACGGCGGCGACUACGGCAACAAAGCCCGCCUGCUCUUCAGCGGAUCCGGUAACGGCAGCAGCAAGAACGGAACGGGCGCCAACAACAACGGCCCCAUUUAUACGUAUCGAGAGGGCUGCGACGCCACGGGGACUCUGACAGAAAAGGCUAACGACUACCACCAUCACCACCUUCACCACGCCACCACCGGCAACGCCCCCACCGCUCACGACAUCCUCUUGAGUGGCGACAUGGAAGAAGCCGAGAGGAGGAAGUUCGACCUGGACGACAGCAUGGAGGAGGAGGAGGAGCGGUACGACAGGUUCGGAGGCAUGAGGGGAGGCGGGAACGUGCUCCCCCCAGCGUAUCGCGUCCACAGGGGCCACGGCGACGAGGAAGAAAUGGACGUCUACCUGGACGACGACAUGGAGUCUCAGAGGGACGGCUCGGUCAUUUCCCGGACUGCCAUCUACGUCUAAGGAGGGAAAAGGAAAAUAGGGAAAGGAGAUGCGAAAGGUGGGUGAAGAGGGAAGACCCCCGCCAAACCCUCUCACCGCCAAAACGAGUCAACAUCGCCUCCAUCAGCUCAACACCUUCCUGCUUAAACACCAACCUGAGUAAAGAGACGCCAUCAGUUACUCUACAUCCUCUCUGCCUGACACGAACUGUAUUAUUGUACGAAACAGAGGAUUUCAAGAAAAAGAAUACGACGUCGGCCACGUUGUCGCUGACGACGGGAACGUUGUGUGUUCUGUGACUGAACAUGUGACUGUGUUUAACUGGAGACAGGUUCUAUUCAGUGUCAGCCAAACGUAAAUAAGUAGAAAAAAAAAAAAAAAAUUUACUGCAAAGAGCAAACAAAAACAACAGUAACUCUGACGCUGCUUCUUGCUACAGUAUGUUGUUGUUUCUUCAGCUUUGCAAGUGUGUGAUUAUGUGCCGAGUGACUACAUUGUUUGUAUUUUAUACCUUAUGAGCAAAAACGUACAGUAAUCUGCAAAGCCGCGACCACUAUUGUCCAAAUCACCGCUGUUCAGAAAUGGCCUUCCUGUCUCAAACAAACAAACGUUAACGAAGACCGCCAUCGACGACUUGACCACGAAAGUGUCCGACGGCUUCUGUGGAUGGUCUUCUCCUGACACGCUUCACACGGGACUUGGGCUCAUAUCGCUAUAAAACUUGAAAAAGGUCGAACUUGUCGCCUUGGCAACAACAUUGGAGUUUCUGUUCACCCCGGCGAUGACUUUGCGGGCGAACAGUGACUGGAGUUGGGGGGGGUUGGGGUUACAGCCCCACCCUGUGACACCACCUGGUUUCCUGAUGGGUGCAGCUGAAGCGAGGGCCACUAAACGGAGUAACAUAACAGACUUAACAGUGUGUGCUAAUGUGUGGCUGGCUGUGGUGUUAAUGAUGUGCAUCAUCUAUAUAUCGGGCGCCGUCUCACUAUAGCACAGUUGUUGUUAUUGUUGUUGUUGUAGAUGUUGUUUCUUCUUGUUGUUGUUACUGUUGUGUAAUGGUGUUGAUCUUGCUAAAGAAAAGACGCACCGGGAGCCUUGGGGGUUUCACACAGUUCCACAGUGGGUCGGUAAUGAGUCAUAUAAUGGGUAAAAAAAAAAAAAAAAAAGACGUACUUUUCUUUGUUUCUAACUCUAUUUCCUAACUUUCUGAGUGUUUUCUUUCUCUUUUUGGUUCUGUUCCACGUGCAUCCUGCAGCAUAUGCAUCUAUCCCACACACACAUCCCCUCCUUCUCGUCGUCAUCCUCUUCUUUCUUUAUUUACAUAAUGGGCGGCUUAGACGACUGCCGCAAUGAUUGUGUGCAGGAAACAGGGGAUAACUUGUAUUUAUAUUCCUAUCUGGGUCGCAUUCAACGAGGCAAAAUAUUCACCGGCUUUGUUGGAGGCUGCUGUAUUUCAUCUAUUCAUUUUCCAUGUCCCGCAGAAUGUUGGAGGCUAUGAAUCAGAUUAGUCCAUGUUUGGGAUCCUGAUUGGAUAGAAAGAAACGUUCCUGUGAGGACUUAAAAACAGUCCAAAUGAAAUCCCAAACCCACAAAGUUUGUCUUAUUAAACGCUGCAUUCAAACCACAGGUGACAGAAUAAAUAAGACCAUGUUCAUAUAAUACCACAGUGAAAAAUAUGACAUUUAUUUGGUGAUUUACUGGUUCAUUAAUGCCCCGUUUCCGCUACAUGGUAUCAGCUCGACUCGACUCUGCCUUUUUUGCGUUUCCAUUACGAAAAAGGUUCUGGAAUCUGG